GCGUGGUGCACUGAAAUGACAGGGAAGGACGCUGCCCGGUUGUUGUGGGUUCAGUGGCCACAAAGAAGUGUCAGCGAUGUACGAGUUUAUUUAGAAACAGUAAUUGUAAAUGUGCCAUUCUUUUGUGUUUAAUUGCAAUAGAUGUAUGUUGUGCACGGCGCAGUGCUUCCUUUUAUCAGUUGAGUAACGCUGACGUUAUCAAGUGUUGCAAACAUUUGGCUGCCUAGCUAUGCUAGCUAGCAACCUACACACCUACCAUUGAAUUGUCAUUUUGAAGGAGGCGUAUGGAACGAAAUUUGUUUACAGAUAUGUUGUGACCACAACACUGCUGAUUUGCGGAGCUCAACAUAUCCUUAUCAAUGGGGAACACCAUGCACUCCUCUGAGGCUAUCCGUGAAUUCCAAGCAAAAGAGAGAAAAUCCAGAGCCAGUCUGAAGAAGUGCCUAUCCCGUGCCUUAUCAGAGGACUUCACGAGGUUACUGUCCGAGGAGCAGGAAGCAGAUGUCACUCUGUGUGUGGGCUCGGCCCGCCUCCGGGUGCACAGAGCGGUGUUGCUGGCCAGGGCUGCUCACCUGCUGAAGGGUGCGCCUCCCGGCCAAUCAGAGGUCCUCCUGCAGGACUGCGAUGCUGCUGAGCUCAGAGAGUUCAUUCGGAGGGUGUACUCAGCUGACCAGUGCCAAGGGAAAAUCAAAGGGCUACCCGAGGAGGCGCAAGUGAAUGGGGUGCAUGCCGACGUGCCUGACUACCCUGACUACCCUGACUCAGGCUCCAGCAUAGACCCAGACACAGUGGUCCUGGAGCCAGCCUCUGGGCUCGGGGCUGACCUGCUGGCUCUCUACCAGAGAGGGGAGGCAUGUGACAUCAGUAUCCAGGUCGGGGAGAAGCUCUUCUCCGCCCACAGGGCUGUUUUAUGUGCACGCUCACAGUACUUCAGAGCCAUGCUGUGCGGGAGCUGGAUGGAGAGUUCCAGACAGAGCAUCACACUCCAAGGCCUGGGUCCUGAUGAAAUGGAGGUCUUGCUUCACUUCAUGUAUGGAGCCAUUCUGGACUUGCCGUCAGGUACCAACAUCAGUCAGGUAGUAGUGGCAGCAGACAUGCUGGGGCUGGAGGGGCUGAAGGACGUGGCUGAAAUGGUGCUGACGCGCAACUACUGCCGCUUCUUCCCCAAGCCCGUGGAUGGAGUACAGAAGACUGUUCUGGAGUGUCUGUCCAUCUGCCAGUCCAUCGGUCUGCACAAUCUCUACAACUCAUGUCUGAAGUGGCAGGCAGAACAUUUUGUCAAGUGCUGGUCCGAGAGGAGCUUUGCUUUGCUGCCGCCAGACCUCCAAAGAGACUGCCUCAAUGCCGUGAUACGAUCCAUGACAGUGCAGACUGCAGUGACGGUGCUAUGCAGGAGCGAACAAUUGAUUGGCUGUUUGCCAGAGGUGAAGUGGGCGCGGCAGGUGCUGAGCCUGGCCAAUGAGCUUCAAGAGCAGAGCCUGUGUCUGACCGUCACUUACCUGCCCCAGGUCACGCACACACAGGCCUUCCACAACUUCCGCAGGAGAGAGACAUUCACGCAGGACCCGGCGCUGCUGAGGAAGCUGUGUGCGGCGGUGAGGGAGGCGGUUGCCGUGGAGAACUGCUGCGAGCUGUUUGUAGCGGUGCAGCAGCUGUGUGGUGACGGCCCCGAGGAAAUGGUCACAUUGCUGGACGCCUGCGGCUCUGGCUUCAGCCCCGAUGACUCCCAGCAGCAGCCGGAAGAAGUGGAGCCGUUCAGGCGAGAGGUGCGGGCUCUGCGCGCAAAGCUCUGGACCUUCCUGCUCCAGUCUUACUUUGCCGUGCGCCACACCAGGGGAUGGGAGAGCCUGCCAGCACGCCACCGCGAGCGGAUUCAAGCAGCUGCGCUAGAUAAGGGAGACGCCAAGAGACUCUGCAAAAAACCUGUUCUCACCAGCUCUCAGCAGAGGCGUGUGAAAUGCGCCUCAGGUCCUGCGUCACCGUCUGAAAGCCCCCCCACACAUCGGCCCCUCCGGGCCUCCAAACCCCCCCAGCGCCCUUCUUCCUCCUCCUCCUCCUCACCAGCUGCCUGUAGCAGCAACAUGAAGUCUGACGGCCUGGGCACCCCUGCCCACACCUCCCCUGCAGGGAGGGGCACAGCCGGAAAGCCCAGCAACGGAGACUCCAUGCGGCCCAAGAGCGACAAAGCCCGGGCCCCUGUUGACAGGAGCACCACUGCCAAAGCCAAGGUGGCGUCCACCGCUGCUGCCCCCACCAAGCCAGUUGCCAACGGCACAGCGGCUACCGCGGCACGAAGGGCGGAAGCCAGUUCCACUGCCAAUGGCCCCAAGGGGUCGCCCACGGGGAAAGCAGGGGCCACUAAGGACACUCAGGACAAGAAGAUCACCACCAUGGGUGCCAGGUCCAAAGCCGCUCCAUCCACAGGGGGUGCCACGGCGGGUCAGAACAGGACGGCUAAGCCCUCAAAGCCGAGCGGCACGAGCAAGGACUCACCCUCGGGCCCCAAGGCCCAACCAACACCCUCCACGUCGGGCAGCGCCUCUCCAGACAACAGCUCCGGGAGCCUCCGCACCAACGGCCAGUCAGCCACAGGUCUCAGGCCCAAAACACAAGCCAAGGUCAUAGCCAAAACCACACUGAGCAAAUCCAGCCCGAAAGCCGAGGCAGACAAGACAAGCAGCCCUAGUAACAGCUCCACUGUGAGGGAGACUAGCAGAGCCAAGAGCGGAGCAGCCAGCAGGCCAACCACAGCCACCUCUGCGCCCAGGACAGAAAGCAAGGGCCGGGCCACCCCAGCCGCCUCUGGCCCUACUGACAACCCCGGCUCGAGACCAAGCUCAGCCUCCAGCAACAAGAAGCUGGCCUCCCCCAAGAAAGAGGAGGAGAAGGAUGGCAGCAAGCGACGCGUGACCAAGCCUGCCCCGGCCACGGCUGCCAGCAGAGCAGCCAAAGCCCCCGCCGCCUCCUCCAAGCCCUCCCCUGUCUCCAGCAGCAAAGCCACACCAAAGCUGAAGGGUUCUGCUGAGGCACCCAAAGCAGCCGGUCAGGCCAAAGGCCCCGCCGCAGCCAAGAAAACAGCAGCCGCGGCCAAGGAGGCUGCCAGCACCAAGAACUCAGAGACCAAACCUCAGCCCAGCAACACGGAGGCCGCAACAGGCCACGGCAAGCCAGGUGUGGCACCCUCUCAUGUCGAACAGGGAAACAUUUCUGGAAAACCUCCAGCGUCGUCAGAGCCACAGAGUUCACAAAUCAGCACAUCAGCAGCAGGGUCUCUCAGCACAACAGGAGAAGCGAGUCCAGAGCUCCAGAAGGCUGGCAAUCAACAAACACUCAUCCCCAACAUUCCUGCCCAGCCAGCCAGCACAGCUGACCAAUCCCUGUCUGGUAUCCAAACAGCACAGAGCCAACAGUCGUCUCAAGAAUCUGCCCCUGUUGGCUCCACACGACCCUCUGAGGGGAGACCCGCGCCUCAGCAGCGCUCUGCGGACCAGACCAACAACCCUUCCUCCAGCCCCCCACACUCCUCCAGAGACUCAGAAGCUCCCCCUCCGGCCCCCGCGGACACCCCCAGCAGUCUGGCCAGCUUGGGCAGCACCCCGCAGGAGGACUCGUGGAGUGGCGCCCCGCGGAGACCCCAGCUCCAGGCCAGCCCCGAGUCAGAGUCGGCCAGCGCGGCCAGCACCUCGUCGGACGACAUGAAGCCUCGUUCGGAGGACUACGACGCCGGCGGCUCACAGGAUGACGACUGCUCGCAGGGCCGUGGUGAAGGGGCCUGGCACUGCGGCACCAUGCGCUGCCCAGAGUUCCUGGGUCGCAGCAGUAGCGACACCAGCACACCUGAGGAGCUGAAGACCUGCGAGGGACCGGCGGGGCCAGGAGGGGCACUGCGCGUGGAGGUGCGGCUGAGGGGCCGCGAGCCCGACACCACCAGCGAGGAGGAGGUGGCGGCAGCUGCCAGGAGGAGAGGAGGAGGGGCAGCCGCUGGCAGGCCUCGCUCAUGGUUGGCCGGUUGCGACGACACCCCCACACAGCAAGAGGCACCAGCGAUUGAUCUUGGGCAGAUGAAAAGCGUGCCCGACCAUCAGCUCUUCUCCUCAGACGAAGAAGAGGAGGAGGAAGAGGAAGAGGAGUCUGAGGAGGAGGAGGAGAUGUCCGAGGUGGAGGUGCUGAGAGGGCGGGAAGGAGGAGCGGGAGGAGUGGAGCCCGCUCCGGCUGAACCCUCGCCCCAGUUCCAGGGCAUCAUCAACCUGGCCUUCGAAGACGCCGCCGAGCAGGAUAACCAGUUCCAGCCGCCCCCUUCAACCACCACCACAACUGCAUGCUUCCGCCGCUCCGUGCUGCUGUCCGUGGACGAGUGUGAGGAGCUGGGCUCGGAGGAGGGAGGCGUAGGGGACGUCUUUGAGACCGCGGCCCCCCCAAACAAUGACAGCUGCCCCCCGACACACUCCACCAACACGUCCCAAGACAGCCAGGACACUGAGGUCAAGGGGGUGGUGUUCCUAACCGAGGUCCAGGAGUCUGCGCUGGGAGAGGCCCGGGACGGGCAGGACCCGCCUCCACAGGAGAGGCCCUGCCACCUGGACCUCAGGCACACUGAGCAGUACUGCAGCAGCGUUCCCAGCACCAAGCCCCCUGACAGCACGCGGGCUGAGCUCCGGCUGGACUUACACGAGCCGCCGCAGCAGGCAGCCAGCUCCCCCUCCCAGGCCUCCCACUCCCCAGCAGGGGACUUUGAUGCUUGUGACAGAGUGGAUCAAAGCUGCACUCAUAGUCGCCGUCCAUCCAAAGCCCUCUCUCCCAUCUACGAGAUGGACGUGGGCGAGGCCUUUGAGCAGAACUUGGACGCGGAGGGGAAUGCUGACGGAGACUCGAGCGUCACAGGACAGCAAGGUGAGGAGCGAGAACCAGAAGAGGAGCAGGGGGAACAAGAGAACAAGAACGAGGACGAGAACCAGGAGGACGAGAUGGAGAAUGAGGGUGGGAACAGCAGAUUUGCCCAGCGGGACUGGCACCUGCUGCGGCAGCUGCUGACCGAGCAGGACUCCAGUCUGGGUGUCAUCAACUCGGUGCCUGAGGACUUGAACCUGGCGCAGUACCUGAUCAAGCAGACGCUGUCGCUGUCGCGCGACUGUCUGGCCGAUCACGCCUUCCUGCCUCACGAGAAGGAGAGCUUCAAGCGCUGGGCUGAGCUCAUCUCCCCGCUGGAUGAGUCCACGGCCAGCAUCACCGUCACUAGCUAUUCCCCCGAAGAUGCUGCUUCCCCGCAGGGAGAGUGGACCAUCCUGGAGCUGGAGACUCAUCACUGACCCACCCACCCCCACACCAACUCCAGAACUAACAGUAAUCCAGGCAGAGACUCAGCUCACUCUUGUAGUCUCCUCAAAAGACCUGCCCCAUCACCCAAACUUCCUUUAAGAAACGUUCUCCUAGAUUUUUCUCUGGACUGGUACUGACUCUUUCGGUCUGUGGACUCUCUGGGUUGCUAUCCUGGGAUGAGAGCUAGGCCUAGUCUUUCUCUGAACUCAUGUGUGUUGAGAGAGUCCAUUAACAUCAGGGUUUAGAUCAGGACUAGGCUCAAGUUCUUUGGCCAUGACAGUAGCCAAUAUAUCAGUUAAAGUUCAUAUUGCUUUGUUUGAAUGGCUAAUCCUUUUUUUGGAGGAGUGUUCUCUGUUGUUUAUUUAUGUUUGUUUGUUUCUAUGGACUUCCAAGCUGCAUCUCAUGCCACUUUGCCCGGAACCCACCGUGCUUCUCCUCUUGAAAGGUACUCGUUUUUAAAAAAUGGACAGAUUGUCGCCAAGGCAAUUUGUUUUGCAUGCAGACAUUUUUGUAAUUCAAAAUUGUUUACUUGGUGUUUGCUUCAGUCUUUGUUAGAAAACCAAAAGAAAAAAACGAAGAGAUGUAUUUCUUUCUCAUGCAUCUUUCAUGGCAUUGGUUAGAUGGCAUUUGCUAGAAAAUAAAGAAUAUGUAGAUGGCCUGUUGGUUUACAUUUCACUGUUGUGAUAAAGCCAAUAAAAAAAUGUGGUUCCAA